AACGAAUUACUCAUUGAUUUAAGGGCAUUUGUUGGACAGCACUGUUCACGAGCUGUAAAGGCGAUUCAUGAUGCUGGUGACGAGAACAGUCUUCCAAGAUACGCUCUUCACGUUGACUCUUCACGAAAAACUGGUACACUCAAAAGAAGAGCGGCUAGGUCCCACAGCCAGUCGAGCUCUCGCGGUGGUACCCCGGACGCCACCAUUAAUCGCUUCAAUCCCCGUACGGAAGGGUUUUCAAUCUUUUGUCACAUUGUGCGCAGAUUGUCGUCAAAUUCUCAGGACGGCACAAUCAACUGGAAUGUAAUCAGAAAUCAGUAUAGGAAAGAAACAGGACGACAUCUCAAUGCGGAGGAGUUGAACUCUAUGUGCGGAACUUUGAACAUGACCAAACACGACCUCCUGAACACUCAUCUGUCGGCAGUUGUAGAGAUUCUUGACAGCCGUGGACAAAUUCUGAGGCUGGCGCCCCAUUUCAAUCCGAAAACACCUAGCCCAACGUCUUCUCACUCACGCUCCUCUCAAGGUGAUCGGAAUUCUGACGAGCAACUUUCGCCUCUAGCUGGGACCACAGCUGAACUAAAUCACACGGAUUUGGAUCAGGAUAGUGCACGACGACAGCUAAUCGUAGAGCAACUAAGGAAAAAUGGUGUGUAUGUGGACGAAAAUGGCCGAACAGUUGUUCCUAAAGAACGCACUCCACUGUCCAGUCAAGGGACUGAGCCAGUUGACGAAGAGAUAAUGGUGUACAUGACUCCGGUGGCGUCUUUCAAAGGCGAUAUAGCUCCUUCUGCUCCGGAUUGUGAACAGGUUUGCUCCGCUGAUUCUCCGGAUCAGCGUGUCACCCUGGAAUCUGGCAAUACAUCAUUUAUGUCUGUCGGGCAAGUUCUCGAGACAAGCGGCGAAUGUGAUUACGUGACUGGAGACGACGCCACACCAGAAAGUGAUAUUUCACUCGAUUUCUCAAAUGAUCGUUCGGGUCGCGAAAGUUCUCCGGGUCGUACGCAUGAGAUCACAUUGUGCAAUAUUGAAGAAUCUAUUGUGCAUCAGGAAGAAGAGGAUUUCAAACAUCACCUCGGCGAAGCCGUUGUUAUUGGAUCUAACGGUAACGAGAUUCAUGAUGAAGUUGUAGGCGCUAACCAAAGAGACUUGAUCGAAGAAGAAGAAGUGAGGUGUGCUGUCGAACUUGGAAAUACGAUUUGGGCGGCAUGA